AACAUCACCCAGUUCUUGCCCUACGAUGUUAACCAAGCUACUCACUGUGACCCUCGGCGCGCUGUCGUUCAUUACUGACGGCGCCGCUCCCUCGUGGGACAACCAACUUCAAAAUCCUCAGGCACUGUCGGGCCUGAAUCGCCCCCAUGAGGGACCGAACGUCAAGCCGGCACCGGGGACGUACCGCAUCUUUACCCCGAACUACGGCUAUGCCGAAAUCCGCACGUAUCGUCUCGGGGAGGCGCUCUAUGUCAGCCGCACUCGUGAAUACUCGGGACCCUAUGGAUCAUUCGAGCUGAUGCCCAUGGACGACACGGGGAACGUUUUCGGGCUCAAAAACCUCGGACAACGCUCUUCCAUCGUCAUCGACGGUGAUAACAAAUUCGUCACGACGACCGACGACUACAUGCCGCAAGGGUUCACGAUGGAGCGCACCGACACUAAGGACUUCUUCAUGAUCCGCACGACCGACGGGACCGACCGCGUCUGGACGCUCAACCCCGAAGAAGGCCCAGUUUCUCAACGGAUCAUGCUCGCACCGGCUUCCGACGACCCUCACGCAAACCUCGACCAACGUUUCAGAUUCGUCUCGGCCAACUCCGACGAUGACGAGCGUGUCGUUGCGCCCUCCGCCAAGUUUGCCCACAAGCACAAGUCGUCUUCCCCGAUCACCCCCGGCCGGUACUUGAUCCACGACUCGUUCGUUCACGGCAUGCUGCGCAGCUAUAACCCCGGCGAGGAAGCUUACUCGAGCAUCUCGCGGGAGUACCCUGGGGCCUUCGGUGUCUGGUCUGUCGAAGGCGACGACAAGUCGGGAUACACUAUCACUAACGUCGGACUUGACUUGCCCCUGCUCGUGACCCGCUCGAACACUCUCGCCACAAAGUCCGGUGCGAAGGGUACCAAGUUCAUGUUCGUCGAGCGCGGGAACAAUGGCCUCAUUGGUGUUGAACUGAUGAACGGGGAGGGCGUCUGGCAAUUGGACGCCAGCCAAGGCCCGGCUCACCCUCUGGUGCAAAUCUCACGCAGGGACUCCAACUCGAUGCUGCAGGAGUUUGAGUUCAGAUCACUGGAAGAAUGAUCGACGGAAAAGUGCUCUGAUGUGAUGGCACUGCGUCGUUGCUUCACUCUGUCUAUAACUUCAUGACAAUCGUCUUUGUUCUCCUUGUCAAUUCAAUCGAAACGUUUGUACAGAUCGUCAAUCAUCGGGGAUAAUCCCUCGUCACUCUCAUGUGCAUCAUAUU